AUGGGAUCUCAUGGUGGAGCAAUCCAAGCGCCAAAGGCAGGACCUUUGGCUAGAGAAGGAUCUUUGUACAAUCUCACACUUGAUGAGGUGCAAAAUCAGCUUGGAAAUUUAGGGAAACCCUUAGGAAGCAUGAAUCUGGAUGAGUUACUCAAGAGUUUGUGGACAUCUGAAGCUGCUCAAGCUUCUGGAUUGGAUUCUGGUGCUACUGAUGCUUACAUGCAACAUGGUCAACUAGCUUCUGGGACGUCGAUGAAUCCGCUGACACUUUCCAGUGAUCUUAGCAAGAAAACUAUUGAUGAGGUUUGGAGAGAUAUGCAACAGAAGAAGAGUAGUAGUCAAGAUAGGAGAACAGCUACACUAGGUGAGAUGACUUUGGAAGAUUUCUUGAUGAAAGCUGGUGUGGCGACUGAUUCUUUUCCUACAGAGGAUAAUGCUAUGUCAGGAAGGGUUGAUUCUCAACAACAACAACAACAACACAAUACAUCUCAACAUGGUCAUUGGAUGCAUUUCCAAAUCCCUCCAGUGCAGCAACCACAACCACAACAACAGCAUCAGCAUCAGCAUCAAAAUCAUCAGAAUAAGAUGAUGCCUGGUUUUGCAAGCUAUAUGGCUAGUCAUGUGGUUCAACCGGUUUUGGAUGCAGGUUACAAUGAAGCAAUGGUGAGUAUAUCACCGUCUGCUUUAAUGGCUACUUCAUCGGAUACACAAACUCAAGGUAGGAAAAGGGUUGCCUCUGGUGUUGUGGUUGAGAAGACUGUGGAAAGGAGGCAGAAGAGGAUGAUUAAAAAUAGGGAAUCUGCAGCUCGGUCGCGGGCUAGAAAACAGGCUUACACACAAGAACUGGAGAUCAAAGUUUCACAUUUAGAAGAAGAAAAUGAAAGGCUUAAAAGACUGCAUGAGAUGGAGAGAGUAUUACCAAGUAUGCCACCACCAGAUCCUAAGCAUCAGCUUCGCAGAACUAGCUCAGCUCCCUUUUGA